AUGAAGACGGGAUACUUCUUGUUUUCACGAAAGAUGCGAUGGAUGGCGUUUUUGCUUGUUGGAUUACACGGCAGUCAUGGCGAUUUGACCUAUUCAGUACCAGAAGAGAUGAAACGAGGAGCUGUGGUUGGGAAUAUAGCGAAGGAUCUCGGACUCGAAGCUCGUGGAUUGGCACUGCGGAAUGCGCGAAUAGAUCUGAAGGGUAGCCGAAAACGGUAUUGCGAAUUAAGUGGCCAGUCAGGUGAACUAAUGGUUGCUGAAAGAAUAGACAGGGAAGAAAUAUGCGGCUCUAAACCUUCUUGCCCUUUAGAAUAUGAACUGCUCUUGGAAAACCCAUUAGAGUUGCAUAGGAUAAUGUUGCAAAUCCAGGAUAUAAAUGAUAACUCACCUCAGUUUCCCAACGAUGAAAUUAAACUGUUAAUCCCAGAAUCAGCGGUUAAAGGUGCACGCUUUCCUUUGGAUGUGGCACAUGACUCGGAUGUCGGCAGAAACAGCAUUCAAAGUUAUUCACUUGAAAAGAACGACCAUUUCACGUUAUCAGUGCAGUCUAAUUCCGAUGGAGUAAAAUACAGCGAAUUGGUUUUAGACAAAGAACUGGAUCGUGAACAGCAGCAGGAGCUGUCGUUGUUGCUUACUGCUAUAGAUGGAGGCACGCCUCAAAAAUCGGGUAGUGUGACUAUACACGUCACCGUCUUGGAUGUUAACGAUAACCUACCAGUAUUCAGUCAACCAAUGUACAAAGUCAGUCUGCCUGAAAACUCUCCUUUAGGUACUUCAGUUAUAACUGUUAGUGCCACUGAUGCUGACGAGGGAGCAAAUGGACAAGUCACAUAUGAAUUCAGUCUCCUGGCUGGUAAAGUAGCCAAACUCUUUACAAUAGAUAAGGUGACAGGAGAGAUUACACUAUCUGGACAAAUAGAUUUUGAGGAAGAGAGUCACUAUGAAAUUAGGGUUCAGGCAAAGGAUGGUUCUGGUUUAUCAUCUAAUGCAAAAGUUAUCAUAGAUAUAAGUGAUGUGAAUGAUAAUGCACCUGUAAUUAAUGUUAAAUCACUGAAAAAUCCAGUUCCUGAAAAUGCUGCACCUGGUACAGAGGUGGGCAUUAUUAAUGUACAGGAUGAAGAUUCAGAGGGAAACCGUCAGUUGCGUUGCACUAUUCAGCAAAAUGUUCCGUUCAAAUUAGUACCAUCCAUUAAGAAUUACUAUUCCCUAGUGACAACAGGUCAAUUAGAUCGUGAACAUAUCUCAGACUAUAAUAUAACUCUCAUUGCCACUGAUGAAGGGUCUCCGCCAUUGUCUUCCUCCAAGACAAUCCAUCUCUCAGUGUCUGAUGUGAAUGAUAAUCCCCCUGUAUUUGAAAAGCAGUCCUACAGCGCAUAUUUGACUGAGAAUAACAAACCUGGCUCCUCUCUCUGCUCUGUUACUGCGAGAGACCCAGACUGGAGACAGAAUGGCACAGUGUUCUACUCUCUGUUGCCCAGUGAGGUCAAUGGUGUUCUGGUCUCCUCAUAUGUAUCCAUUAAUGGAGACACAGGGGUGAUCCAUGCUCUGAGGCCCUUUGACUACGAGCAGUUCAGAAGCUUCAAAGUUCAGGUUGUAGCCAGAGACAAUGGUUCUCCUCCACUCAGCAGCAACGUGACUGUGAGUGUGUUCAUAACAGAUGAGAAUGAUAACUCUCCUCAGAUAUUGUACCCUACUCCAGAAGGAAACUCCUUCAUGACUGAGAUGGUUCCUAAAGCUGCUCUUUCUGGCUCGCUGGUCUCCAAAGUGAUCGCUGUUGAUGCUGACUCUGGACAGAACGCGUGGCUGUCGUAUCAGAUCGUGAAGUCGACUGAUCCGGGACUUUUCACUAUUGGUCUCCACAGUGGAGAGAUCAGGGCUCAGAGGGACAUUUCUGAAUCUGACAGCAUGAAGCAGAACCUUGUGAUCUCAGUGAAAGAUAACGGACAGCCCUCUCUCUCUACAACCUGUGCCGUAUAUUUACUCAUCUCUGAUAACUUGGCUGAAGUUCCUGAACUGAAGGACAUGUCUUAUGAGGAGAGCAAUUCUAAACUCACAUCUUAUCUGAUCAUUGCUCUGGUGUCUGUUUCCACAUUCUUCCUCACUUUCAUUAUCUUGAUAAUUGCUGUGAGGUUAUGUCACAGGACAAAGCCCAGACUGUUGUUUGAUGGAGCAGUAGCCAUUCCCAGUGCAUAUUUACCUCCCAACUAUGCAGAUGUUGAUGGAACUGCAACUCUCCGUAGUGCUUACAACUAUGACGCCUAUAUGACCACAGGAUCCCGUACUAGUGACUUUAAAUUUGUCAGCUCUUACAACGACAACACCCUCUCUGCUGGAAAUACUUUACAGAAGCCUCCACAUGACAAUAGUGACUUCCUUGACUUCAUUGAUAAUGGAUCAACUCUGGUAAACACUCUUACAUACUCUGAAACACUCUCAUAA